AUGUCCGUUCAAGAUACUAAAGCGGUCGAGCUUUCUAUGGGUCACAUUAGAUCAUCAUCCGUAUCGUUGGUAGCAGAGGCUACCUCAAAUAUGAAUAGUGAACACAAAAUUUCUAAAGUCCAGAUUUAUGAGGAUUUGUGCCGAUACGAAGAUAUAUUGGGUAAAUUAGUGGAAUCAGUAGAUCGUUUUAAGCCAAACCUAGAAAUCGCUAAGGAUUUGAUUAGAACCGACGAGAGUCUGUUUAAUAAUGUCAAACUGCUCGCUGACUAUGAUAAGAUUGAUCUUGAUUUGCGAAAAAUAGACAAAGACUCCGAAGAACUGGAUUCUAAAACUAGAAAGAUAUUAGAAAUUUUGAAUGAAUGCCAUGAUGAAUUGAGUGCACUACCGAUGCUAGAACAAGUGGAGUUCGAGAAAAAGACAAUCUUACAACAGAGAUCCAAAAUCAACUCUACUGCACUAUUGGAUUACGCUACAAAGUUAUCCAAGUUUACUAGAAUACCACCAACGUUCGAUAAAGGAACGGUGGGUCCCAAUAAUUUUAUAUGGCCUGCAGAAGACGCACUACGGAGAGGUAUGCUUGCUAUGGCCUCAUUACACAGUAAAGAAUUAACUAGAAUACCAGGCGAAGAAGAGCAAGGAGCUGAAGAAGUGCCGAAUGACACUCUCUCUCAAAAUGGACGCCAGAAGGAGAAGAAAGAGAGCAGGGAAAAUUCACCCGAAAAUUUACCGGCGAAGGACUCAUUUAUAUUCAAUGGUGCCGCUAAUAAAGACACUGAGCAAGCAGGUGAUGACAAAGACAAAACUGAAGAAGAUAACAAUGAAGAUGCCCUAGACCUUGAUCUAGAUUUAUUUGAUCCAGAAGAUUUCUAA